AUGAGCACUGUCAAGCCGUUCAAGAUAUCUGUUCCAAAUUCGCAGCUAGAAAUAUUGCGGAAGAAGCUAGAUGUCACCACCUUUCCAGAUGAACUAGACGAGUCCAAAUGGGACCUAGGUGCACCCUUGGGGGAUAUAAAACGCCUAACAGAGUAUUGGAAAGAGAAAUUCGACUGGCGGGAAGCAGAGAGGCGGCUUAAUGAGCAGAUGCCUCACUUUACGACCGAUGUGGAGGUAGCAGGAUUCGACAAGCUGAAUAUACAUUUUGUUCAUCAGAGAAGCGAGGUAGCCGGUGCAAUCCCUUUACUCUUUCUCCAUGGCUGGCCUGGGAGCUUCCUCGAAGUCUCAAAGUUGUUGCCUCUGCUGACGGCUGGAAAUGAGAGCCGGCCUGCCUUCCAUGUAGUGGCACCGUCUCUCCCAAACUUUGGUUUCUCAGAAGGAGUUAAGAAGAGAGGUUUCGGUCUUGCGCAGUAUGCGGAAGCUCUGAAUGCAGUGAUGAUGACAUUGGGUUAUGAUAAAUACGGUAUGAAAAAGGCCAUCUAUGCCAUUGAAACUCCAAGGCUACAAACUUAUACAGUUCUCUAUCAUAUAGUGAUACAAGGAGGGGACUGGGGUGGUAUAAUCUCCCGCGUCAUGGCGAAGCGUUACCCUUCACAUGUGAAGGCAGUGCAUACCAACUUUCUUAUCCUCCCACUCCCCUAUCCGUGGAAGAGCCCUGUAUUGUUCCUUAAAUCACUGCUUACAAUACCCUUUUCGCGCAAAGACCAGGCGAAACUCGCCGUAUCUAAGAACUACGUGACCCAUGGUAACGGGUACAUGGCUCAGCAGGGCUCUUGUCCUCAAACGCUCGGGUACAGCCUCCAUGACAGUCCCGUUGGCCUGUUAGCUUGGAUAUACGAGAAGUUACAUUCCUGGACAGACUCCUAUGCCUGGACUGAAGAUGAAGUCCUGACGUGGGUUUCAAUAUACCUCUUCUCUCGCGCGGGGCCUGCUGCUUCAACUCGAAUCUACUAUGAAUUCAACCACCCUCCUCCCAGACCCGGAAAUCUUUCUAGUGAAGAGGUGGCCAGCUGCUAUUCUCCUGAUGUGAAAUUUGCUGUUGCAUAUUUCCCUCGCGAGAUACUUGCAUUCCCUAUGCUAUGGUGUCGGUCUAUUGGCGACCUAGUGAGGGAGUCUGAAUUUGAUAAAGGCGGCCAUUUUGCUGCCUGGGAGGUUCCAGACAUUCUGGCAGCAGAUAUCCAGGGAUUCUUUGGGAAGGAAGGCCAGGCCUACAGCAUAGUUGCUGGAGCAGAUGGAUACUAA